AUGGAGAGAUUUGUUGCAGCAUGCGUCUCUGCUCUAGCUCUGCCCACUCCGGCCAGGCUGUGGAGCAAGGGUAAUGGCCGCAUCAUUGGAGGAUCCUCUGCCAACAUAGCCAACUACCCGUGGCAACUGUCUUUCCAGUACGGCGGUUCGCACAUCUGUGGAGCAUCCAUCAUCAGUUCCAACUGGGCGCUGACGGCUGCUCACUGUGUGGACGGCAUUAGCCUCUCUCUGGUCAGUUUCCGGGCCGGCGCCUCAACCCGUGGAAGCGGCGGUUUCGUCAGAAGCGCCAGCUCUGGCUACAUGCACGCAUCGUACAACUCCCAGACUGUAGACUACGAUGUUGCUGUUGUCCAGGUGUGUGUCGCCUUUCCCACAAUGCUGCGCCUCGUCCUGUGGUUUACGUACAUGCUGGGCUCUGCUGUAGCCUUGCCAGCACCCGCCAGACUCUGGAGCAGGGGAAGUAGCAGGGUCAUUGGGGGAUCCGACGCCGACAUAGCCAACUACCCCUGGCAACUGGCGUUCGAGUUUAGCGGUUCGCUCCACUGCGGAGCGUCCAUCAUCAGUUCCAACUGGGUGCUGACGGCCGCUCACUGUGUGGAGGGCUAUAGUCUCCCUCUCAUGAGUUUCCGAGCUGGCUCGUCAACUCGAGAAAGUGGUGGCACCGUCCUUCAAGCCUCAUCUGGCUACAUGCACGGAUCUUUCAAUGCCAGAACACUGGAUUACGAUAUUGCUGUUGUACAGGUGUCUGGGUCUCUACUUGGCGACAAUACACAGGCGGUGGAGCUCGCAUCAGACGGAUAUGACCCCCCGGCUGGUCUGGCAGUGACGGUGACCGGCUGGGGACUCACUGUCACUGGAGGGGAGGCUCCCAGCAAUCUCCAGAAAGCGGACAUCAGCAUCUUGGACCGUUCCACUUGCCGGGACCUCUUUGCGAGUAUGAACACUGUGACCGAGCGGAUGGUGUGUGCUGGUGAGGCGGGCCACACUGUCUGCAGCGGCGACUCUGGCGGUCCUCUUGUCAGCGGCAACACCCAGGUGGGCAUCGUCUCCUGGGGAAACCCGGACGAAUGUGAAGCGACUCCCGGCGUCUACACCAGUGUUGGGAACUUACGUUCCUGGGUUCGAGCUCUAACUGGUGUAUAA